AUCAAGUGAGCUGUUACAAAGUAAGGACAGAUAACUCCAACAAAAUCCCCCAGAGAAAACAUUGUGGCUUCGCGUGGACACUGUAGUAAAACUAAUGAGGAAGGAUGUCAGAAAGUGCCGAUAGAUUCGUUUCUGUUGACUAUGAAAUAUAUGGAAAUGUACAAGGUGUAUUUUUCAGACAGCAUACAUUUGAAAGAGCUCGUAAAGUUGGAGCAGUGGGAUGGGUGAUGAACACUGCCAAGGGAACUGUCAAAGGCACGGUACAGGGCACACAGAAACAGGUGGCAAACAUGAGGCAUUUUCUUACACAUGAAGGCAGUCCUUUGUCUAGGAUAACCAAGUAUGAAUUCACAAAUGACAGAGAGUUAGUUAAGUUGGAGUACAAUCGGUUUUCAAUCACGGCAGGAGACUGGUGACCAGAUAUAAAAUUGUUUCCUUUCACGUGUGCUGUGUACUCGGACUUACCCAGUUGAGGAUCCGUAAAGGCAUCAAUGGCUUGUCAUCAAUGUUGAAAACAUGUGCAACAGUCUAUCAGAGAUUAUAGAACUAGCCCUGGAUUUCUCCAAAAAGAAAAGAAAAAAGCUGUUGAAGUUUCUUUGGCGAUCAUUGUUUCUCAGCAGUUUUAAUUUUGCCUGGACUAUCUUUUUAAAAUCUGACAUAAUUUAAAAGUAAUAUUUUUGUCACCCUGGUAAAAAUGCUAGCUGCUUUACAUACUGACUCGGCUACAGAGUAUUUCUCUUUAGCUCAUUUGGUAGUGUGUAAGACUUGUAAACCAGAGGUCCAGGGCUCGACUCUUAGUGGAGGCAUUGAGCAAUUGUAUGACCUCUGUGAAAUUAUGAUCUUUUUAUGAUCCUUUUUUACCAAUUUCACAGUUAUUUUUCACCAAAAUUACAUCAAUUUGUGAAAAUAGUAUGAGAAUGUAGGAAACAUCCCGUCUCAUACAUCGGGAUAAAUUUUGCAUGUAAUGUUUAAAUCUGAGACAUGUAAAAGCAGUUUUAGUCUUUUAAUGCAUUGGCCUCUCAAGAAAACUUUUACUGUAGAAACAAAAUCAUCUUUGAUAACAUUUAGUCUUGAGAUUUAAGCACUUUGUCUAAUUUUGCAGAACAAUGUAAACAUUUAAAAAAAAAAUUGAAUUAGAUCCUUAAUAGUCAAGAUAUUUUUGUUUUUAGCAGAAUUAGCAUUUUUUUUUUGACUAAUGAAAAAGGAAAAGUCACUGACAUAGAACUAAUGAAGAUGGUAUGAUGCAGCGUGCCAAAAUCUCUUAUUUGGACUAGUGAAAUAGGAAAAGUUACUCUGAUUGCAUCUGGAAGGCAUGUUUUCUAGAUUAUCAGAGUCAGGAAGUCGGCAUGCACUAUAUACCAGUAAAAAUGAAAAAAAAUAUUGUUACAAAGUUGUUGAGAGUUUUAUGAUCUUGACGAUGAUGAGUCUUUCACGUGCUAUGUUGUUCUCCGCACUACUUUACGGUAGCCAUGUUUACUGCCAGUGUAGGUGUGUUAGUUUAUAUAUCCCUUUGUGUGCAAUGUUUACACUCACAUAUUAAUAAUGGUUGUUAUAUUAUCAUUGUUUUUAUAUUUGUAAUAAAAGGAUUUAUCAUUA